UUUUGAGAGAGCGGUAGAGCGAGUGACCCAACAAGAACUUUUUAGGCUACACCAGGCUUCACAUUUAAGAUCCUGUGAUAUAAUUAAUAUUAAGCAUCUGUUUUUUGUUCAUCAAAAAGAAACCCAGAUCCUGUGCUUUAAAAGUGUAUGACUUGCUAGAAGAAUCUGCUUUGGUCUUUUGUAUGAGUUUGUAGUUUUAGUGCGCUUGUAGUUAAAUCCUGUACUGGACCACCUAAAAUGAACUUGAUUUUCCCUUCAGUCACAGACCCCUCACCCGCACACAUGGCUCCACAAGUCACAAAAUCAAGCGAAACAGCCACAAGCCCCUCACCCUCACUCACUUCUACCGCAGUCCCUAAAUCAAGUGAAACAGGUUCUUCUGACUCACCCACCUCCAUGCAACCCACUUCACCUACUUCUGCCUUACCUACAGGUGGAGCUGGUACAAACACUCAUUCAGACUCCUCCACUCUCUCCAACACAACAAACACGCCUGCAGAUACCAUUAAAGGGACAUUUGCAGACCAGACAAACACAUCAAUCUCACCCACACUCACCACCUCACAACAACAAAACACCAGCACCACUGCAGAUAAAAUCCUGACAUCCUCACCCGCACCCACCUCGCAACAACACAACAUAAGCACUGCUGCAGGGAGUAUUACUGAUAAUAACCAGACAAACACUUCAGUCUCACUCCCACACACCACCUCGCAACAACAAAACACAAGCACCACUGCAGGAAAUUUUACUGAACCUAAUAACCAGACAAACACAUCAACCUCGCCCGCACGCACCACCUUGCAACAACAAAACACCAGCACCACUGCAGGGAAGGUUUUUGAUUCUCGGUGUCAAAAUCUGAGCAACACACAUGAAGCAAACUCAACCUCAUGCACCACUUCACACCAACACAACACCAGCACCACCACUGCUACAGGCCUCUCACCCACAAACACUCCAUCACAACCCCCAUCAAUAACAGUGAAAGAUGUAGGGAAUGACACCACCUCACAUCCAAGCACUGGAUCUCCCAACUCCAUGCACUCCAGCUCAACCUCACCCUCACCCACAUUCACCACCACAUUAAACAACACCACCAUGGGUCCCACAAAAUGUCAGUACAUCCUUACAGACAGUGAGAAUGAAGCAGAAGUCAUUGUGAAGAUUAUCAAUGGCUCCAGUUACACAACGUACAGACUCAGGUUGAUGAACAAUCAGAACAACACUUUGUUUGAGGAAAAAGGACCUUCUCCAUUCAAAAUACCGUUUAAAAGCUUAAAACCAUGUACUGAUUACACUGUCACAGUUGAUGAAUGUCAGCUUACAGAAAACCUUAUUCAUUUCAAUGUCAGUAAAAGUACAAGCCAUUCUGCAGAACUUGAGGGGGAAAAGAAAGUGUGUUUUAAAGAUAGCAAAUGGAAUCUGUCAAAAUGUGUUGAUAUAACAGAUAACACCUCCUGUGUUCAGAAGGCCAUUGGCAUUGAACUAGACAAAUGCAACUAUACAAUGAAUGUUGACAUGCCCCCAGUCAAACCUGAAAUAAACUUCACUGAAACUAUCCCCACUCAGUUUGAGUGGCAUAAUAAACCAAGAAACUGUCAGGGAAACAAUUUUAAGGUCCACUGCUCUGGUAAUGCAGGCAAAUCCGAGCAACAUAACUUGAAAAAGGAUGUGUUUUUGGUGCCUUCUGAAAUGUACAACUGCACUGGAAAAUAUGAAUUGAACAAUACAGUCGUUCAAAGCAAUCACAGACUAAUUAACGUCAACUGCGGCAUUUGUGACAGUUCUGAAGCUCCAAGUGUUAAAGUCAAAGAUUGUUCCAGGAGAGACUCAACUGGAAAGGGAAGUUGCACAUUUGAAGUACUUGCAUUUACCAGCUAUACAUGUGUUAUUACAGCCAAAUACAACUACCUAAUUUAUACCAUUUCAUAUCCCAUAAAAACACCUUCUCACAAGCCCAAAUUUGUGAAGUCAGAUGUAACGGUAUGGGAAACAUCUCACAAUUCUUUUUAUGUGAACUGCAAGAACUUGAGUGCAAAUGAUUGGAAUGGAAAGAAGGGAAACUAUACAGCCAAUCUCAUAAACAAAGGCACAAUUGAAAAAAAUCUAACUAAUAAGGACUGUUCAUUUUCAUUUGAAAAUCUUUACUACCACACGGAAUAUAAUAUUGAGAUUACAGCCAUGAAUGGAAACGGCAAUACAUCCCCUGUUACAAUUAUCAGCUCCACUACAUAUAAUGAUAAGGCUGUCAUCGGAUUCUUGGUGUUCCUCAUCCUUGUGACGUCACUUGCGCUCCUUUUUGUGUUAUACAAAAUGUUCCUGCUCAAAAGAAAACGGAGUGCUGAAGAUGAAGAGAUUCCUCUUACCCCAGAACCGCUGCGCAGAGUUGAGCCCAUCUAUGCCGAGGGUUUGGUGGAUGCUUACCUGAGCAAGAUCGCUGAUGAGAGCCGUCUGUUUAUGGAUGAGUUUCAGAGCAUUCCCCGCAUUUUCUCCAAUUACACCAUCAAAGAAGCGAAGAAACAGGAAAACCAGUCCAAGAACCGCUACGUUGACAUUCUGCCUUAUGACUAUAAUCGGGUUAUUCUCUCAGCUGGAGGCGAAGACAACUACAUCAAUGCCAGCUUUAUCGAGGGAUAUCAAGAGCCAAAGAAAUACAUUGCAGCCCAAGGACCCAAGGAUGAGACUGUUUGUGACUUUUGGCAAAUGGUUUGGGAGCAAAAGUCAUCCAUUAUUGUCAUGGUCACCCGUUGUGAGGAAGGAAACAAGAUCAAAUGCGCUCAGUACUGGCCAUCUCUGGACAGAGAGACUGAGAUUUUUGACGAUUUUGUGGUGAAAAUCCGAUCUGAGCAACACUGCCCUGAUUAUACCAUACGCCAUCUGAUCCUGAACAAUAAGCGAGAGAAGGCCUCAGAAAGAGAAGUAACUCAUAUCCAGUUCAUUAGCUGGCCUGACCAUGGUGUGCCUGGAGACCCCUGCCUGCUUCUGAAGCUCAGGAGAAGAGUCAACUCCUUCAAGAACUUCUUCAGUGGCCCGGUUGUGGUCCACUGCAGUGCAGGGGUCGGCCGCACAGGAACAUAUAUCGGCAUUGAUGCAAUGAUCGAAUCUCUCGAGGCAGAGGGCAGAGUGGAUAUCUAUGGAUACGUAGCAAAACUACGUCGCCAGCGUUGCCUCAUGGUUCAAGUGGAGGCCCAGUACAUACUGAUCCACACUGCUCUGAUUGAGCACAACCAGUUUGGAGAGACAGAGGUCUCACUGUCUGAAUUCCACUCAGCGCUCAACACUCUCAGACAGAAAGAUGGCAGUGACCCCAGUUUGCUUGAAAUGGAGUUCCAGAAACUGCCCAAAUUUAAAAAAUGGAGAACGUUUAACACGGGAAGCAGCGAGGACAACAAGAAGAAAAACCGCUACUCAGAUGUUAUCCCAUAUGACUUUAACAGAGUCCUGUUUAGACUGGACAUUGAGGGCAACCAGACCAGUGAUCCAGAGGAUGAGGACGAGUAUUCAUCAGAUGAGGAAGAAGAAUCUAAUGAAUACAUCAAUGCCUCAUUCAUUGCUGGCUACUGGUGUCACAAGAGUCUGAUCGCAGCACAGGGGCCUUUACCAAACACGACGGCAGAGUUCCUGCUCAUGCUGUACCAGCAACAAACUAAAACACUGGUCAUGCUCACAGACUGCCAAGAGGACGGCAAUGAUUAUUGCUAUCAGUACUGGGGAGAUGAAAAGAAAACGUUCGGAGACAUGGAAAUUGAGGUAAAAAAGACAGAAAGCUUUCCAAUGUAUGUGAGACGGCGUCUGGAAAUACAGUCCACAAAGAAGACAGACAUCUUGGAGGUGGAUCAGUACCAGUUCCUGAAAUGGAAAGGCCGUGAGCUUCCGGAGAACGCUCAGGAGUUAAUAGAGAUGAUAAGGGUCAUCAGAGAAAACGGCAAUUAUGACAACAGCAGAAUGAACCGGAACAUCCCCAUGGUGGUGCACUGCAACAAUGGAUCAUCGCGUACUGGAAUCUUCUGUGCCUUAUGGAACCUCUUGGACAGCGCAUACACAGAGAAGCUGGUGGACGUCUUCCACGUAGUCAAAAACUUGCGCAAGGAGAGACAGAGGAUUGUUGAAACAAUCGAGCAGUACCAGUUCCUCUACACGGCUCUAGAGGGCGCUUUCCCGGUGGAAAACGGCGCCGUCAAGACGCCACCGGCAAACGACACCACUCAGGUCAUCAACGAAACCACGGCGCUUCUCGACGAGCCCAACAGCACUUCUGGUGCUGACCAGAAGGAGGCGGAAGAGAGCAAAGCCGCAGAGAGCAGCGAGCAGGAAGCCAAGGAGAGCAGCACUGCUGAGGCUCCACCAGCAGAGGGAGAGAAACCCAGCACCACCAACGGCCCUGCCGCCACCGUAGAGCUUUAAGCAUUUUGGGGGCUAAAAUAGUUUCGCUAAUUUGACACCAAGUGUCAAGGAGUGAUUUUUUUUUUUUUUUAUGCUUUUGAUUUCUUGUUUUACAUUUGAGAUUCAUUGUACAUUAAAUGUUAGAUCCGAGUUUUUUGUGGAGAAUUCGGGUUAGGAUCUGACUGAUCCAUUAAAACGUACGUUUCUGCCUCAGGUUUCGGUUUGGAUUUUCUGUAUAGGCUAAUGAUGCUGUUUGUGUGAAAUCUGUGCAUAUUGAUAUUGUUUAUUCACAUGUGUAAAGGAUUUUCUUUAUGAUUUGAUUUUUAGGCUAUCAAAUUGCGUUUUGAAUGUAUUGUAAAAUAAUACCUUAAAGACGAUAUUUUCUGUUGAUGUUUUAUUAUUAUUAUUAUUAUUUUUUUUUUUUUAGUUUGGAAACUGUAUCAAAGCACAGCCUUAUUGCAUCUAAAUUAUAGUGCCUGAAAUGUUUGAUGGAAGUGAAUGUUUUUAUGUUCGAGAACAACCAAAAAAAGGGCAAAGAUGACUUUGCACUACAGGGCUGUCAUCAAACUGUCUUUCAUUUCACAGUCGUCCCCCCCCCCCCCGCACACACAAUACAUAUUUGAUUUUAAGCAGAUGUAACUUAACAAAAAAAGAAUAAAGGAUAGCUUGAACAAUACAGCAGUU